UGACGUCACCGAGCCACGUGAUUCCCAGCAGAGCCACCGCAGCACCGGGUUAUCUGAGUACCAAGAGGGGGAGAGAGAGCGAGCAUCGGCUUCAUUACCCGCACCGCCGGCUGAGAAUUCUAAAAAUGGCAGGUGAAUUAUCUCUAAAUAUUAACAUCAAGGAACCGCGCUGGGAUCAGAGCACCUUCGUUGGAAGGGCCAAGCAUUUUUUUACAGUCACUGAUCCGAGGAAUAUCCUUCUGCCCGAUGAACAGCUGGAGCACGCAAGGCAGAUCGUCCACGACUACAGGCAGGGCAUUGUGAACCCAACACUCACUGAAGAUGAACUAUGGAGAGCAAAAUAUGUGUAUGAUUCGGCAUUCCACCCAGACACUGGUGAAAAGAUGAUAUUAAUCGGAAGAAUGUCUGCUCAAGUACCAAUGAAUAUGACGAUCACUGGCUGUAUGAUGACUUUUUACAGAACAACGCCAGCCGUGGUCUUAUGGCAGUGGAUUAACCAGUCUUUUAAUGCCAUUGUUAACUACACGAACAGAAGUGGCGAUGCUCCCAUCACUGUAAGCCAACUGGGAACAGCUUAUGUUUCUGCCACCACAGGUGCUGUUGCGACAGCUCUAGGACUAAAUGCACUAACCAAGCAUGUCUCACCCCUAAUUGGAAGAUUUGUUCCCUUUGCUGCUGUAGCUGCUGCCAACUGUAUCAAUAUACCCUUAAUGAGACAACGGGAGUUGAAAUACGGUAUACCAGUCACAGAUGAGAAUGGAAACCGAAUUGGAGAGUCUCCCAAUGCUGCCAAGCAGGCUAUUACUCAGGUGGUCAUUUCUAGGAUUCUGAUGGCUGCACCAGGCAUGGCUAUCCCACCGUUUAUAAUGAACACUUUGGAAAAGAAAGCCUUUUUGAAGCGGUUCCCAUGGAUGAGUGCACCAAUACAAGUAGGAUUAGUGGGAUUCUGUUUGGUGUUCGCAACACCUUUAUGCUGUGCAUUGUUUCCCCAAAAAAGCUCAAUGUCUGUGACCAGCUUGGAACCUGAACUGCAAGCAAAAAUUAAAGAAAUCAGCCCUGGGUCAGAACGAGUCUACUUCAACAAAGGAUUAUAAUUAUUGACAUACAUCGAAGCACACCAUACAUCUCAAUGCAAUGCACAGCAGUUAUCUUGCGAGAGAGUAAAAAGAAUCAGGUCCUCAGCCCGUUAUAAUGAAUAGAAAAAUACAUACCAGUUUAUUUUCUAAAGUGUGAAAAACUAUACAUUUAAGCCACAGUAGCUGAACGGAAGAUAAUAGCUGUCUUGGGGAUUUUUCAGCUAUUGUGGCCUAGAAUUGGAAAUUCACUUUGAAUCGCUGACAGUUAACACUUUAGUUAAUAACACUUUUAGACCUAUAAUAAUUAAACCAAUCCAACCUCAUUCUUUUUCUUCAAAUACUAUAGUUAAAUAUUGUUUUUGGGGAUCAUGUAUUCUGUAUUUUGUGUUUGGGGAUAAUUUUAAGGAAUAUGCUUAAAGAUCACACGCCAGUUUAGUAUUGUCAACAAAGCACAAAAAGCUUACAAACCUUUUUUUUUUUUUUUUUUUUUACAUUGAGCUCUUACAUAGGUCUGUAUUGGUGUUAUACGAAGAUGCAGCUUGCUCUAUUUCCAUUUGGUGACUUAUAAUUGUAUUACCUACAUACCACUUGCAAGUGAAUUAAUUAAAGGUGUUUUCCAUAAGGACUAACUAAGGAAGUUAAUGUAAGAUUUAGCCCCAAAUUGUAAACUUCGUCAUGAACAUUUUCACACUGAGUUACUUAAAAAAAAAAAAUAAAAAAUACAUUAUUACCCUGAUCGGUUUUAUGCAAGAAAGAAAAUCAAAAUAGACAAAACUGAAAGCUUCUUAAGGCAAGCUUGCCAAAAACUCCUUACAUUGCUUACUGUGCAACAGAGUUUUAACUCGGAUUAAACUGUAUAUAAUCCCCUAAAAUAUUAAUACUUUUAUUAAUGUCUUAAUGUGGCCUGAUUUCAGGGCAUGCCAUCCAUUCUGCCUGAAACAAUUCAAGAAUCCUGUUGUAUUACAUCAUUCAUAGCGUUCUCACAACUUGUGAGUCUAUUUAAUGGGUUAAGAUGGCUUGAUAAACCUCAGGAGCUAGAUAGUUAAAGCUGCUAAAGAUAUUGUUGCUGGCUACUACGUUUUGUUUUAUUUAGAAUU